UGCAGCAGUUUCACCAGCAGUCAAUAUGUCUUCCAAUUCUACUGACCCGGACGUGACUAUGGAAAGAAUUCUACUAAAUGUUCGUGCGCUUCAGGGAAGUCUAAUGCUAGCUGGGAUUGUACACGCGUUCCUCGGCUUCACUGGACUUAUUGGCGUCCUCCUCAAACUUGUUGGACCUCUCACAAUCGUGCCAACUAUGCUUCUUCUCUUUAUAUUCAUAGUCAAGCCUGUUCUCAAGUUUGUAGAAGUUAACUGGGGUAUAGCCAUGUCAACUGUCAUAGUUGCUGUGAUAUUAUUCUUAUACCUGUCCAACUACAAAAUGCCCGUACCAGUCUGGACUCCCUCUGAUGGCUUCAGGAUUAUACGUUACCCUCUGCAUCAAGUAUUUGCGAUUCUUAUAUCUAUUAUAAUCAACUGGGCACUAUGCGGAGUUCUAACUAAACUUGGAGUAUUCCCCUCCGAUCCCAAACAUCCAGGUUAUAACUCACGCACAGACGCACGAUUAUCUAUAAUAAGUGACCACCCUUGGUUUACGUUUCCUUAUCCAGGUCAGUAUGGACCAAUCGGGUUUAGCGAAGUUGCUUUUCUUUCAUGCAUGAUUGCAACGCUUAUAUCUGUGUUGGAUUCGAUUGGUGAUUAUUACGCAUGCGCAAAGGUAUGUCGCGUUCCACCGCCUCCACGCCACGCGGUAAACCGAGGCCUAUUGGUUGAAGGGCUGUGUACAUUUCUGUCAGGAGCUGUGGGUUGCGGCCAUGCAACCGGAACGUAUGGUGGAAAUAUCGGUGCUAUAGGUGUGACAAGGGUGGCCAGUCGUCACGUGUUUAUUGGUGUGGGGGUGUUGUAUGUAUUGUUUGGAAUAUUUGGGAAGUUCUCGGCAUUAUUCAUCACAAUACCCAGCCCGGUUCUUGGUGGUGCUAUUGUUGUUAUGUUUGGUAUCUUCUUUGGUGUUGUCCUGUCAAAUCUAGAGGUGACAAAUAUGUCUUCGCCAAGAAAUAUGGCCAUUAUUGGACUGUCAAUAUUUAUUGGCCUGUCUGUACCAACAUGGGUCCAUCAAGUCGUGACACCGAUCCAUUCAGGUAAUGAAAAAGCUGACAGAAUUAUAGCUAUGUUGCUAGGCAACCCAACCCUUGUUGGUACCAUAUUGGCAUGUUUUCUUGACAAUACGGUGUCAGGGUCAUUAGAGGAUCGUGGAAUGGCUGCAUGGCACGUCAGUGAUGACGAUGAAUCUGCCGAACUCGAUACCGCUCGCUACAAUGAGGGUUUUGAAGUAUAUGACCCCCUGUUGCCGAGACGGUUCCUUCGACUCAAACUGAUGAAAUUUGUUCCGUUCUUACCAUAUAAAAGACACAGUAUGAAAGUCAAUGGUGUUUAAUGCUCAAUUUGGCUGUAUUUAACAUUGGAAAUGGUAGUCUGCACAUCUCAUUUUAAGCAUAUUAUUUUAUCUCGAUUGUAAAAGGAAGUUUGAGCACUUUCCUGACCUAUUCCUGAAACUAACUUGCACUGGUAUCAUGUGAGAUAAUUUAAUCGUUACACAGGUUGGGGACCAACGCUUUUAUCCAUGUGUUAUGAGGUUCCGUUGUUUUUGUAUUUGGAAUAUGUUAAAACAUGAUAAUCUCUGAUAGAAUUAUUUACAUAUCUGUGUCAAGUUUCAAUGUCUGUGAAAGAAUCAAAAUGUGCAACAAAAUAAUUAUGUUUUAUAUUAACCAAUUUUCUUAUUGGUGAGCUCAAUGAAUAAAAUCGUUUACAUUGUU